CAAGCCCUUCACGAGUCGGUGUUCUCCCCUGGCGUCUCUGCUGCUCCCCCCCACCGGGUGGCGCUGUGCUGGGACAAACACUGUCAGUUGCUGCCUGAGGUUUUGGGGCUCACCGCCAAGAGGGUGGCGGGAUGGAGCACUGAGGAGGUGGCCAGUUUUGUAAAAGGACUUCCAGGGUGUAAAGAACAUGCUGCUACAUUUAAAACGGAGCAAAUAGAUGGCGAGGCCUUUCUGCUGCUCACCCAAUCGGACAUCGUCAAGAUCCUGUCCAUCAAGCUGGGCCCUGCCCUGAAGAUCUACAACUCCAUCCUCAUGUUUAAGAGUGCCGAUGAAGAAUAACUGGAGGCUCCCAACAGAAACGUUGACAGAAAAGCCAUCAGCUUCAAUUAAUUGCUCUCUUCUCAAUGGACUUAAAAGGGGGGGAGGGGUGUCCCUUGUAUUGUUUACUGAAACGUCCAAUAACUACAAACAGCUGCAAAAAUGUUCCUUACAUUGUUUGUGAGAUGUCGCGCCCCCCCAAACACACACACAAUUUUUUUUUUUUUUACAGCUUUCAAAGCUGAUUGUUCAAGCAACAUUGUUUUUGUUUGUUUCAAUGAAUGGCACUAUGAUUUGUUUUAUUCUCGCACUGUAAAGCAAGUGAGAACUGAGAACAGUAUUAGUGAUGUGACGGUGAAAACCCCUUUUCCCAACAGGAGCUGCUUCAGUUUUUUUUCAUGUAAUCUCAGAGCGUUGUUUGAAAUUUAACUACCAUUUGAACAAAA